AUGGAUGACUUUGAUGAGGAAGCUUUCAAGAAAUUCUUUCCAAGGAGCUUUGGGAAACAAGAGAAAAAAGCUGAUCUAUCUACGCAGUUUGAGCGCUCAAAGAGAGCUGAUAUCAAGGCGAAACUAGACGAUGAGGGAGCAGGCGCCACCGGAUCGCAAGCUUUAACCGACGACGGGGGCGAUAAAGACAAAAAGGAAGAGGUAGAGCGCGAUGAUAGUGAUGAUGACGAUGAUGAUUCCGACGACGAUGAAGACGAAGAUGAAUUCCCAGUGUCGCAUGAGCUCGUUUUCAAAACACACGAACGGCCCGUAACGACGCUCUCCGUCGAUCUUCCCGGUAGUCGAUUUGUGUCUGGUUCAGCAGACUGUACGCUAAAAUUUCACGAUUUUGCUUCCAUGACACCAUCUACGCUCCGCGCCUUCAAAUCUGUCGACCCGAGUGCGAAGAAAAAUUCCGCGGCGCAGGAAACUCAUACAGUUCAUUACGUCGCAUUUAAUCCGAUAUCGCCCAGCCAAAUGCUAGUGAUUCCCGCUACACCACAGCCUAAGAUUCUCGAUCGAGAUGGUAACGUGCUCACUGAGUUUGUUAAGGGGGAUAUGUAUCUACGGGAUAUGCAUAAUACGAAAGGCCAUGUGUCAGAGGUUACUUCGGGGGCAUGGAGCCCGACGGAUUAUAAUCUAUGCGCCACUGCCGGAACGGAUAGUACUGUCAGGAUAUGGGAUGUUAAUGUUGGCCGAAGUCAAAAAGAGGUUAUUGCGUACAAGUCCAGGGCUGCUGGUUCGGCUGGUAGGACUAAGAUCACGGCUGUCGCAUGGGCGUCGCCUAGACAAGGCGGGCCUAAUGUUCUAGUCGCUACUGGUCUUGACGGCAGCCUAGUGAUGUGGAGUGGUGAUGGGCCGUAUACGAGACCGGCAGCAGAAGUUAGAGACGCUCAUACGCGAGAUACAUGGACCAGUGGGCUGGAUGUGAGCGCUGAUGGACGUCUGGUUGUGACUAGAGGAGGCGACGAUACAAUUAAACUAUGGGAUACCCGCAAAUUUAAGCAGCCAAUUACGGCAGUUACGCAUCAGUCAACAUCAAGCCACUAUCCAACCUCCAACAUCAAAUUUUCCCCAACAGGGACCAACAUUAUCACCGGUUCGGAAACUGGCCAUCUUUACAUUUUGAACCCGGCGACACUAAAGCCGGAGCUUGUAUCGCCGGUAACGCCAGGCUCGCCAGUGAUUACAGUACUGUGGCACGAGAAACUAAAUCAGAUACUGACCGGAUCCGCAAAUGCGGAAACCCAUGUCCUCUAUAACCCGACAAUGUCCUCCAAGGGUGCGGUACUUAUUAUGUCUAAGGCCCCUAAGCGUCGACAUAUUGACGACAACCCAACCUUAACUACGGAUAUAACAGAAGGAUUUUCUGGCGACUCGAUGGUCGUCGGAGCAAAUGGUCUACCCCAGGCAGCAGCAAACAGCUGGUCAGUGCGCCACCCUACGGUUGGCUUGACUGUAUCUGGACGUCCAAGAGACCCUCGCCGACCGCAUCUCCCUGCACAAACCCCGUUUGCGAAAUCACAACCUGAUGAGAAACAUAUCCGUGAGAGUAUUCCUUUGAGCUCGAUGCGCGAUGAAGAUCCACGUGAAGCGCUGCUUAAAUAUGCCGAGAAAGCAGAGAAGGACCCCAUCUUCACCAAAGCCUGGCAGAAGACCCAGCCUAAGACAAUAUAUGCUGAAAUCAGUGAUGAGGAAGAAGAGCGUCCUGAAAAGAAGAAGAUAAGACGAUAGUUUGUGUCUAUCAAGGUGUAUAUAAUGGGAACCGGGGUUGGGAAGCUAGACGGAUGACGGCGUAUAUAUUUUAUAGGUACCUAGAAAGCUACGAUUAAUGAGAAAAAUCAUCUUUUAUC